GGCGGCGGCGGCGCGAUGGCGGCGGCGGGCGCGGACGGGGCCCCCGCGCGGCCGCUCGAGCUGAAGAGCCAGUUCCGCACGCGCGAGGGCUCCUACCGCCUCCUGCCCGCGCGCCCCGCGCCGCCGCCCGCCGCCGCCGCCGCGCCCGGCCCCGGGCCCGGGCCCUCCCCGCCGCCGCCGCCGCCCGGCCCCGCCGCGCCGCCGCCCGGCCCCGCCGCGCCGCCGCCCGUGCGCCUCUCCCUCGUGCGCCUCGCGCUGCCCAACGACGCGGAGGCGGCCGAGCCGGGCGAGGGGGAGCGGAGCCGCGUCUGCUGCAACCUGGGCCGCGAGCUGCACUUCUACGCGGGGGCCCGCGGGCGGCGGGCGCUGGACCUGCACAAGCCCGUGGACAAGCGCAUCUACAAGGGCACGCAGCCCACGUGCCACGACUUCAACCAGCGCACGGCCGCGCCCGACACCAUCGCGCUGCUCGUGGGCUUCUCGGCCGGGCAGGUGCAGUACCUGGACCUGGUGCGCAAGGACACCAGCCGCCUCUUCAACGAGGAGCGGCUGAUCGACAAGACCAAGGUGACGCACCUGAAGUGGGUGCCGGAGACGGAGCGGCUCUUCGUGGCGGCGCACGCCAGCGGGCACCUGUACCUGUACGACGCGGAGCAGCCCUGUGGCCCGGCCGCGCCCCACUACAGCCUGCUCAAGGCGGGCGAGGGCUUCGCCGUCUACGCCGGCAAGGCCAAGGGCGCCCGCAACCCACUGGCCAAGUGGGCGGUGGGCGAGGGCGCCCUCAACCAGUUCAGCUUCUCGCCCGACGGGCGCUACCUGGCCUGCGUGAGCCAGGACGGCUGCCUGCGCGUCUUCCACUUCGACUCCAUGCUGCUGCAGGGCAUGAUGAAGAGCUACUUCGGGGGGCUGCUCUGCGUGUGCUGGAGCCCCGACGGGCGCUACGUGGUGACGGGCGGCGAGGACGACCUGGUCACCGUCUGGUCCUUCGCCGAGGGCCGCGUGGUGGCGCGGGGCCACGGCCACAAGUCCUGGGUCAACGCCGUGGCCUUCGACCCCUACGCAGGCGGCGCUGGCACCGAGGGGUCGGGAGAGCUGAGCGGCAGCGACGAGGAUGAGGACGAGGGCUGGCUGGGCGCAGCGGCGCCGGCCGUGAGCUACCGCUUCGGCUCGGCCGGCCAGGACACGCAGUUCUGCCUGUGGGACCUCACCGAGGACGUGCUGUUCCCCCGCCCGUCCCUGCCCCGCGCCCGGACGCUGACGGCCCCCCCGGACGGGGGCGGCGCCGCAGCCCUGCCGCGGUCCCUGUCGCGCUCCAACAGCCUGCCCCACCCGGCCGUGAGCGGGGCCGUGGCGGGCAAGGGGGCGGGCGCCGAGGCGGGCGCGGGCUACGGGGCCGGGCGCUUCGCCACCCUGGGGCUGCAGGAGCAGCGGGACAAGGGGGCGGAGAAGGAGCACAAGCGCUACCACAGCCUGGGCAACAUCAGCAAGAGCAGCGAGAAGCUGGUGCCCGCCCCGGCCCGGGCCCGCCUGGACACAGCCAAGGUGCUGGGCACGGCGCUGUGCCCCCGCAUCCACGAGGUGCCACUGCUCGAGCCACUGGUGUGCAAAAAGAUCGCGCACGAGCGCCUCACCGUGUUGCUCUUCUUGGAGGACUGCAUCGUCACCGCCUGCCAGGAGGGGCUCAUCUGCGCCUGGGCCCGGCCCGGCAAGGCGGCAGUGACCUCGCAGAACGGCGGCUCCCCCAGCGGCACCGUGGUGUAGCGCCCCCGCUCCCCCCCACUAACAGAGGUUUAAUAUAUUGAGAACAACUGUACAUAGCCCCCCACCCCCUAUUUAAAGAGACAGUGAUGGCAAUCCCAGGCCCUUGUGGGCACCAGGCCGGCCCCUCCCUCGCCCUGGGAUCGCCUGGCACCCCCGGGCCCUGCUCCCCCUGCAUCGGCCAGCGCACAAGGAAGCCACGUGGGGGGCGCGAGGAGCUGCGGGACAGGCCCCCCUGGGGCUGGGCCGGGCGGGCCCCGAGCAGGCGCCGCACACUCGUAUUUAUACUAAAGACACGAUUUUCACAA